GCAGGGUAGCAGCGACGGCGGGUCGCGCCGAGCGGCCAGAGGUACCUCUCGGCUCCGGCCCGGGACGCCGCGGGCGGAAAGCGAGGCCGGGCCGCCCUGUGCCGCUGUACCGCGCGGCCUCGGUGGCAGAGGGUGGCUGCGAGCGCUGAGCGGGACCACGUGUGCAAAGCGCGUGCGCCCGGCGCCAGGUGGGCGCUAAAUGGCAUACAUUAGUCGAAAAAAGUUGAAAACAACCUGAGUGCCCAACAGUAGAGGAUUGAGCUUUUAAAAAAAUAUAUGUGUCAUCAGCUUUGGAAAAGAUGCCAGCUCCAGCCACCACAUAUGAAAGAAUAGUUUACAAAAACCCCUCUGAGCACCACUACAUGAAAGUCCGCCUAGAAUUUCAAGAUUGUGGGGCUGGCCUGAAUGCCGCACAGUUCAAACAGCUGCUUGUCUCAGCCCUGAAGGACCUGUUUGGGGAGGUUGAUGCUGCCUUACCCUUGGAUGUCCUAACCUACGAAGAGAGGACCUCAUCAGCCAUCUUGAGAAUAUGUAGCAGUGGUCUUGUCAAAUUAUGGAGCUCUUUGACUCUGUUAGGAUCCUAUAAAGGCAGGAAAUGUGCUUUCAGAGUGAUUCAGGUGUCUCCAUUUCUCCUUGCAUUAUCUGGUAAUAGUAGGGAGCUAGUAUUGGAUUGAGUAGUCUUCAAUUUCAGAAACAUUCCUCUACUCUCAGAAGUACUUUUUGGUGCCAGCAUAAUGUUUGAAGACUGAAGCAGGCUAAAGGCUCCUGUUGAUGGAAUUUGAGACUGCUGAAGAUGUUCCCAGUAAUUUCCAGCCAUCGCCUUUGGUGGGGUGGGCUUCAGAGGAGAAUAAGCCUGAACCAACCAGUGAUAAGCAGGCAGACCCUUCAGCAUAUGCACAUCAGAAUUGGAGACCGGGCUGAACUCAGCAGGGCCUUCACACAGAGGGAUGUGGCUGCCUUCUCAGAAUUAACAGGAGAUGUCAAUCCUUUGCAUUUAAAUGAAGAUUUUGCAAAACACACCAAGUUCGGAAAGACAAUUGUACAUGGAGUUUUGAUCAAUGGACUUAUUUCAGCUCUCCUGGGUACUAAAAUGCCAGGGCCGGGCUGUGUAUUUCUUUCCCAGGAAAUUAAAUUUCCAGCCCCUUUA